UGAUUUAGAAGCGAGAGGCAGGGACAGCGCUGGAUCGGGAGCGACCGGCGCCAGCAGGGUCGAGUUCUGUUCCCUUACCAACAUUGCAUAAGGGCCGAAUUUCAGGCGACAUGUUUCGUGGGGUUGCUGCUGGAAACGCUGCACCUGCCAACAAUCCUGAGCUGUAUGAGGAAGUAAAGCUGUACAAAAAUGCGCGCGAAAGAGAAAAGUUUGACAACAUGGCAGAGCUCUUUGCUGUUGUGAAAACACUCCAAGCUCUUGAGAAAGCCUACAUAAAGGACUGCGUGACUCCAAAUGAGUACACCGCAGCCUGCUCUCGGCUACUUGUGCAGUACAAAGCUGCCUUCAAGCAAGUGCAGGGCUCUGAAUUUCAGAACAUUGAGGAAUUCUGUAGGAAGUACAGGCUUGAUUGCCCACUUGCAAUGGAAAGAAUCAAGGAAGAUCGACCGAUAACCAUCAAAGAUGAUAAAGGAAAUUUGAACAGAUGUAUUGCAGACAUUGUUUCGCUCUUCAUCACAGUGAUGGACAAACUUCGCCUGGAUAUAAGAGCCAUGGAUGAGAUACAUCCUGACUUGAGAGAGCUGAUGGAGACCAUGAACCGCAUGAGCUCGAUUCCGUCGGACUUUGAGGGAAAAGAGAAAGUGAGAACCUGGCUGCAGACACUGGGCGCCAUGUCAGCGUCAGACGAGCUGGACGACUCACAGGUGCGACAGAUGCUCUUUGACCUGGAGUCCGCCUAUAAUGCCUUCAACCGUCAUCUGCAUGCCUCCUAGCCAUGUGGUCGAAUGGCCAACUUGGCCUGCGGGGGCCGCUGCUUAGUGAGCGCGUCCAAUUGGGACGAUGAAGAGAAUUGCAAUGUACCUGUACAUACAUGGGGCUGUUUUAUGCCAACUUUCUCACUUUUUGAAAGCAAGUCUUGUCUAAACAGCACUGCUCUUUCACAUAUGUUCUUCUCUCGUUUUAUUUGUAUAUUCCUUGUUAAACAGGUUUCCAAAAGGUGUAAAGAUGCAGCGCCUCAAAAUUGUAGUUAGAAACAUUAAAAAAACGUAAUUCCAUAUAUUUGCAUGUGGACCUUAAUGACAUUGAGAAAUACAGAUGAGGUAAAAGUCAAUUUGCAUCUUAUUGGCUUUUUGAGAGUAUAGAUUAUGGUUUAUUGGCUCUGAAUACUUUACUGAAUGUCAUGACAAUUGCCUUGUGCUUGGUUUCCCCAACGUAAUAAAAACUCAUCUGAGCGUCUGUUGGCAGUGGUGCGCGAGCACAAACGAAAAAAACUCCACCUUUUCCAUUUGUGGAGUUCUACAUUAAUAUUUUAAUAAUUAUAAUUUAAACAAGGGUGUGCAUGUAUUUUGAUUUCAUAAUCACUUGAAGCACAGUCUAUUAUUAGCAAAGUGUUGACUUAUGAAUUCAAAACUGUUUGUCGACUUAACAUGUCUUAGUGUUCUCAGGGCCGCACGAUGUAAAGUGGACUCCAACUAAAAGUCAAUACACACCUCUCUACUCUCUUAUGUGUUCUGUAGAAGGACCAUUGCCAAAAAAAACCGCGAGCCUACAAUAUAUUGUUCUGUUUCAAAGGAUUGGCAAUGACAAAUGUGGUUUUAUUUUUCCCCAAACAUUAUCAUGCAACAUUUGAAAACCAAACUGGAAGAUUGCCUUAAUACUGUAAUGAGUCGUGCUGAGGAGUGGGCAGAGUUCUUCGUGCGAAGUGUUGUAUACGGUUUUAAUUGAGGGAAGGUAACGGCGAUGAAGAAGAUUACACAUGGAUUACACAUGGCUACACAUGGCGUGUGCCACUUUUAUUAGGGUCUUCCAAGCAAACGUUACACUAUUUGCAACAAUUGUAAAUCUUUAUACCUUGCCUUGAGUUUUAACUACAUGGCAAAUAUUAGCAAACUUUAUUAAAGCAAACAGGUUUAACAUUGCUUUCAAAUACAUAUUGUUUUGAAGCUUUAAUUCUUUUUUAACAUUUGAAAAACGUACGUUAAAUUAUAAUGUUAUGUAUAGGGAUUUCCAUUUUACUGUAUAAUAAAAAAAACUCCUUAAUGUUAACAUUGUUGUGUUCUCCAUAUCACAUGUUUUGUUAGGUAAGCAACUGAUAGAAUUCAGCCUGCAAUAAUGACUCAAAAUUCAAUAAAAUGAUUUACAUU